AUGCCGCGCCCACCCCUCUCCCAGAACCGCACAAUGCAAAUCGUCAACGACGCCCAUAAGGGCGGCUACGCGGUCGCUGGCUUCUGCUGCUACAACCUCGAGGCCGUCGUCGCCUCCGUCAGAGCCGCCGAGGCAACAUCGUCCCCUGCCGUAGUCCAGCUGUUCCCUUGGGCGAUGCAAUACGCCGGCAGCGCCCUCGUCCGCGCCGCCGCAGAGCUGUGCCACAGCGCCUCCGUGCCGGUAUCGCUGCACCUCGACCACUGCCAAACCCCGGAGCUCGUCCGCCAGGCCGCAGACAUCCCUGACGGCUUCGACAGCAUCAUGGUCGACAUGAGCCACUACGAGAAGGAGGAGAACCUCGCGCUGACGCGCGAGCUGGUGGACUACUGCCACGCGCGGGGUAUCGCGACGGAGGCGGAGCCAGGGCGGAUCGAGGGCGGCGAAGACGGCGUGGCGGAGACGGUGGAUCUAGAGGGCGUGCUGACGACGCCGGAGCAGGCGGAGGAGUUCGUGGCGACGGGCAUCGAGAUGCUUGCGCCCGCGUUUGGGAACGUGCAUGGAGAGUAUGGGCCGAGGGGGAUCAAGUUGGAGUUCGAUCGGCUUGAGAAUGUUAACAAGGGCGUUGGAGACCGCGUACGGCUGAUUCUGCAUGGCUGCGACCCCUUUGACGAGGACCUUUUCAACCGCUGUAUUGAGAGGGGAGUGGUCAAGAUCAACAUCAACAAGGGCAUUAACAACCACUAUGCGCCGGCACAAGAGAAAGCUCGCGGCCGCCCGAUUACUGCUACUAUUGAGGCCGGUACGAAAGACAUGCAGGCAGCAUGUGAAAAGUACAUGCACUGGUUCCGUUCUGCAGGCAAGGCCAAGGCAGCAUAA